GGAGCCGCCGCCAUUUUGGGAGCUUCGAGUCAACAAUAAAGGACCGAGGGUGCCGAGCGGGAGUGGCCUCGGUGGUAGGACUCGGGCCAGAGCCGCGGGGCGCGGGGAUUGAACUGAGUGAAUUCAGAUAUAACUCAACCUUGUUAGAGGGCUUUUUAAAAUAAAAAGUUGAUGCGGUGCGUGAGAGCAAGUUAACUGCUGCUUGCUGUUCAGAGACUUACAGGUGCUUGCCUGCAUUGCAAUAAAGGACUCAUAUAUUGAGCAAGACUUAUAUUUAUCUCUUCGUUUUGGAGAGCCUAAUAAACUGUUAUUACAGUUUCUCUACUGACUUUGAAAAGUUUUGAAGUUUGAAAGAGACACCUUUGCAAUUAACACAGCAUGAGCACGGCCAGAACAGAGAACCCUGUUAUAAUGGGUCUGUCCAGUCAGAACGGUCAGCUGAGGGGCCCUGUGAAGCCCAGUGGUGGCCCUGGAGGAGGGGGCACACAGACACAGCAACAGAUGAACCAGUUGAAAACCACCAACACAAUCAAUAAUGGCACUCAGCAGCAAGCACAGAGUUUGACCACCACUAUUAAACCUGGUGACGACUGGAAAAAGACUUUAAAACUCCCUCCAAAGGAUCUAAGAAUCAAGACUUCGGAUGUGACCUCCACGAAAGGAAAUGAGUUUGAAGAUUAUUGUUUGAAACGGGAGUUAUUGAUGGGAAUUUUUGAAAUGGGCUGGGAAAAGCCAUCUCCUAUUCAGGAGGAGAGCAUUCCCAUUGCUUUAUCUGGUAGGGAUAUCUUAGCUAGAGCAAAAAAUGGAACAGGCAAGAGCGGUGCCUACCUCAUUCCCUUACUUGAACGGCUAGACCUGAAGAAGGACAAUAUACAAGCAAUGGUGAUUGUUCCCACUAGAGAACUUGCUCUACAGGUCAGUCAAAUUUGCAUCCAGGUCAGCAAACAUAUGGGAGGGGCCAAAGUGAUGGCAACCACAGGAGGAACCAAUUUACGGGAUGACAUAAUGAGGCUUGACGACACAGUGCAUGUGGUGAUUGCUACCCCUGGGAGAAUCCUGGAUCUUAUCAAGAAAGGAGUAGCAAAGGUUGAUCAUGUCCAGAUGAUAGUACUGGAUGAGGCAGAUAAGUUGCUGUCACAGGAUUUUGUGCAGAUAAUGGAGGAUAUUAUUCUCACGCUACCUAAAAACAGGCAGAUUUUACUAUAUUCCGCUACGUUCCCUCUUAGUGUACAAAAAUUCAUGAAUUCCCAUUUACAGAAACCCUAUGAGAUUAACCUGAUGGAGGAACUAACUCUGAAGGGAGUAACCCAGUACUACGCAUAUGUAACUGAGCGCCAAAAAGUACACUGCCUCAACACACUUUUCUCCAGGCUUCAGAUAAACCAGUCAAUCAUUUUCUGUAAUUCCUCUCAGAGAGUUGAAUUGCUAGCCAAGAAGAUUUCUCAACUGGGUUAUUCUUGCUUCUAUAUUCAUGCUAAAAUGAGGCAGGAACAUAGAAAUCGUGUAUUUCAUGAUUUCCGAAAUGGCUUAUGCCGCAAUCUUGUUUGCACUGAUCUUUUUACCCGAGGUAUUGAUAUACAAGCUGUGAAUGUGGUAAUAAACUUUGACUUUCCAAAGCUAGCAGAGACCUAUCUUCAUCGUAUUGGAAGAUCAGGUCGCUUUGGUCAUCUUGGCUUAGCCAUCAAUUUGAUCACAUAUGAUGAUCGUUUCAAUCUGAAAAGUAUUGAGGAGCAGCUGGGAACAGAAAUUAAACCUAUCCCAAGCAACAUUGACAAGAGCCUAUAUGUGGCAGAAUACCACAGCGAGCCUGUAGAAGAUGAGAAACCUUAAUAAGCAUGCUUUGACAAACCACAGAAGGCUCGUUUGGAUCUGUGACACAUCAUUUUUUGGGGGGAUGCUCUUCUCUUUGUGGGUUUUUCAUCUUCUUUUAUUUUGGAGCUAUGAAGACAUAAAAGAUCUCAGACAUUUUUUUCUUUUUUUAACUGGCGAAGAGAAAAAAAGCUGAAAAGAAGGGAUAUACCUUUUUUGUUCCACUUGUUUGCACUGUGUGCUGACUGAACAUUAGUUGCACUAACUGCUGGUUUUUAAAAAAAAAUGUUUUCUGGGGAAAGGGGACAAGGAAGGAGGAGAAAGAAGAGAAGGGGAGAAACCCUAAAAAGAGAAGAAUCUCAGUGAACACACAAGCUUGUCUACGAUUUCAAAUUUCUCCAACAGCUGACUCUCGUGCAUUUCAACUUCUCCCUGAUUACUCAUCCGUUUUUUAAGCCUGAAGAGCUUAUUACUUAUUUGUGCGAAGUGCCUUAUGCUAUGAGACCAUUCAGAAUAUCAUCUUAGACACAGCCCAAGGAAUCAACAAUAGUAAUUCUUUCUUUCCUUUCUACUUUCUUUUUAUUUUAAAAUUUAUGUCUUUUUAUUUUGGUUUCAAAUUGAAAUCUUUCUCUUCCCUUUCUACUCAAGCCCAGGGCUGGAAGAUGAAGCUUAUUAGUAAUGUUUAACACCAUUUUCUUUCUUUUAUGUGGAGGAGUUGAUAUGCAACUGCAGUUCAUCCGCACUGUAAAUACAUGUAUUUAAAAAAAAAAAACAAUCCCAAGUAAAAAUAUCUUCUGGGCUGAGUAGAUCCAACAUCAUCGCUCCCAAAGGAAAGAGCAGUCAAUCAUUGCAGGAGCCAUAUGACAAGCCUUUGUGCUCUAUAGCAGAACACUAAAGACUGGUUUACAUACGCCUCCAUUAGCAGUAUGGCACUUGAUGUGUAGACAUGUCAGAGCCUUGACCCUCUUUCCUCUGUGGCAAAGCGUGUCCCAUAGAAAAUUGGGUGUGUAUACUUGUAUAAACUUUGUAAAUAAGUUUUUUCUGGGUUCAUAUAUAUAUAUACAUAUAUAUAUAUUAUUUUUUUUCUGGAUGAAGGUUGCUGGGAUUAAGGGGAUUAGAGUGAUUAUGGGAGCAGCUAAAGAUGAGAGGGGCUCAGUUUUCCGCAACACUAAAUUCUAAAAAGCUCUUGGCCUCUUAAUAUAGAAAGCAGGCAUCAAUGGGACCCUGUGUUAGAAGAGGGACCCGUAAGUCUGGGAUGCACUCUAUGAUGCCACACUGCCUCAUCUGGUACCUUUUUAGCAGGCUUAUCAGAGAGAGCAGGGAAGCUUCAAAAAUCUAUAAUUCAAGAUGAUUUUUUGAGAAGCUCUCUGAUUUUGCUUCUUUUCUCUUUAGUAUUUUGAGGGGGAAGCUCAGACUCUGCGAAAGAGGUAAAGAUGAAUCAUUUUGCAGUGUGGGAAUUCUAUGGGGUGGCAGUGUCCUUGAACCAUAUAUGUACAAAGCAUGGAUUUGCAUUUCUGAGUAGUAGCCAGUACCAGCUUUGGUAAUGUUAGCAGUUCAGGAGCUUUAUUUUCAACGGAUCAUCUCCUUAAGUGUGUAAAUGUGUUGCCCUCUGCCCACCUUAAUCCAUAAACUUUUGCAGGAAUGGGCAACCCCUGAGAGCUGUUAACUUCCACGCAACAGAAAGCUGCUUGCCAUCUUGCGUUGUGACAAGAAUUGUCCUGUCAUUUUGCAUUGUAAAUUGCUGGCAGAUGCUUUACAGUCAAUAGUGUUGCUUUAAAUUGUGCCCCUCCCAACAUGCUUGAUGUUUGGCCUGAUCUCCAGGCAAAAGGAGUGAGAUGAAUCAAAACCAGUGAACUUUUUUUUUAAAAUGUUUUUAAUUCCCUUUAACCCAGUGUACUAGGUCAAUCAGGAGGCAUCUGGGGGGAGAAAAGCAAAAAACAAAUUAAAAUUAAUUUCCAUAUUCUAUUUUUCAAAACCUUAACAAUAAUAUUGCAAGAUAAGUCCUGCAUAUGCCUUCAUGCUUAACACAUCUGGAUAAAGAAAUCAAUUAUUUGAGGUUGCUUUUUUUAAAAAAAGAAAAAAACUCUGCCUAAUUCUAAGAGACUAUUUUGUGAUUCAUCCAGAAAUUCCCUGGGGAUAAAAAUCCUGCAGAUGCCUCCUGAUCAGACAUAGCCCUAACUCUGUAACAACUGUAGCAAGAGCUGCACAGUACAAACCCAAAAAAGAGCAAGCUCCAAGUCACUCACUGUCUAUCCAGUCAACACUGGUUACUAAAUGCAAACCCUAAUUAAGGAGCUAACUUGUUCCCAGGAAGGGAUGUGGGAGGGGAUUGAAAAGGUGUUAACUUUUGACCAAAAAAUCUUGCCCCUGUACUGAUGCAGCUCUCGUUCUCCCCCACCUCUGGCGAGAUAAGAGGGAGCAUUUCCUUAGAGCAAAAGCAAGACAGCAGUAUAAAUGCAGUUUUUUUAUCUCGCUAGAGGGCAAGUGGGUGACUUUUAAAAGAAGUGCAGUCUCCUUUGCCAACUUCUGACUGCUAUGCCUGGUGCCACGUGCCUGUGGGUCCCUCUUAAAGCACAGACUUAAAAUGGAAAGUAUUACUGAAGUACAGCCUCUGAGGAGGAGUGGCACUUAGACUGUCUGGGACACCACUAUUGGACACAGUCUUACAGAAGCAGCUGUCCAGUUUUGGUGCUUGACUCUUGAAUAGAAAUUGUUAAAUGGAAAGAUGCUCUAACGACUGGGUCAAAGCCUAGUCUUUUUCCUUUUUAUUUUUUCUUUAAAAUUUUUUUAUUUGGGGAUCCUUCAACAUUGUUAUUGGAAUUAUUUUCAGAUUGUUUCCAAUAUUGUUUUUGUUUGUUUUCAGUAAUGGUUAUAUUUUUCCAAUGUGGUUCAUUUGAGUGAGAACUAGUCCCUAUUUUUAAUACUAAAACUGCAUCCAAUUCAUGUUUGGCUUAUGGUUGUAUAGUUGUGUAAUAGAUUAUGGACUGUUACACACCAUGCUGCCUCGAGCCUAUGUUUUUGUCUCCCCAUGUGUUCUGAUGGGGAAAACAGCUUUCUUGCCUUUCCCUCAGGAAUGCAGCAAGUUCACUCUAAGAUCUUCCUGGAAAGAAGGGAAAGGAAAACCUAAAUAUAGCUUAUUUUCAGUCUGGUCCCAGCAUCAUAACAUGGGUCGGCCCAAAAAGUUGGGGGUGGGGGGUGGGCUGGUCAACAGUUUAUGUUUUCAGAAUGAGAUGGGAGCAUCUUUCCUUGGACUCUUGCUUUGUGUUUGAUACCAUCAGGCGUGGUUAGAACAAGACAACUUAGCACAAAGCCUUUAGUAUAAAUUGUUGGAUUCAAAACAUCUCAUUCUGAUCACCUCAGUUUUUUUCUUUUCCUAAUUUUUUUUUUUAAUAGGGGUGGGAGGGAGGGUUCUGUGCCCCUACAGGGAGGGUGUCUGCACUAAGGAUUUAGAAACACUUUGGGAGCUCAUAGCCUCAUCAGAAACUGCCUUUAGCCACACUCCUGACCUGCUAGAUGAGUAACAAAAAGAUGAAAUAAGUUCUUGGGAAUUAAGCCAUGUUAUUUUAAUUUGCUAUUUUUUUCAAUGUUCUGUGUAUCUUUAAAAUUGUUAUUGUGGAAUCAUUUUCUUGCCAAAUACUUUUGUCAAACAAAAUUAUUGGCCUGGUGGGAGCUGAAGUGAGUCAGCUUUUUGGUAAACUUAAGUGGACUUUGGUGAGCUUAUAGUUCUUUAUAUCCCUAAAGAUAGUUUUUUAAAACUCCCAAAGAAAAAUCUCUCCUCUGAUCUAAUAACUCAUCUUUGGGGUGAAGAGUUAAGUGUCCAAAGGUUACAACAGUUCAUGAGGUCAGAGGGAGCUAGCCUGGCACCUGGACUCUGCCCCUCCACUGACAGAUUCCAACAGAAGUGUAUUUAAAUUCUCCAGUAGACAGCGCUGGGUAAGGCAAGGGCGGGGGUAGGGCUGGGUUAUUAAGAUGCAGGCUGCUGUAUUUUAACCAAUGGUUUGGGGAGGGGUGCCUGGAGAAAACAAAGUGACUUCCCUGUUUUGAAACUUGAAAUUAUUAUUUUUGUUUGGUAAAAAUGGGAGAAAAUUCUAACGUCCCUAGCCACAAGGGACCACUUCCACUGAGAAAUGAGCAGUGGGAACUCAAAACUUUGAAAAUAUUUGGGGAAAGGGAAAAUUGGCUUUCUGUUAAUUGGCAAAUGUUCCAGUGGGUCUCUGUUUUUGUUGGGAUGUGUUAUGUUGUAUGUACACAUUUAUGGACCAGAGUCUACUGAGGUUACAAGGUUCAGAAAAGAUGAGUGGUAAAAACUGGAUUUUUGUUCCUUUAUCUCAAUAAAAGCCCACUGGA